AUGUUGUUUCUGAUUAUGAUUGGUAGUUUAUUGGUUAUGUCAACUGUUGAUAGUACAUCAUUUGAAAAUAAAUUACGACUUUAUGAUUCAUUUGCAGAAAUUCAUCAAAUUUAUAAUGGACCCCUUCGAUUUCAACAGGCUACAUGGGAUAAUAUCAAACAUGAAAGUAUUAUUCUUCGAUCAGCAUCAGAAAAUAGUAAUAUUACUUUAUCGUUUGAACGUCGAAUCGUUCGAAUUAAUACUAAUAAUACAGGUAAAACAAUUUUAGUACGAAAAUAUCCUGAACAAAAAAGUCCUACUCCUUGUGAAAUGAUUAAAGAAGAUUCUGAAUAUUCAAUUGUACGUGAAGUAGAAACUGGAUUUUAUUUUCGUGUUCAAACUGAUCUUAUUGAAUAUUCUUAUGAACCUCAAACAAAUCAAAUUUAUGAAGUUUCUUUUUAUCCAAUAUUAUCAAAUCAUUCUCUAAUUGUUACAUAUGUUAUUAAUAGUCUUCGUUGGCAUGCUCGUUAUACAUUACAAACAUUUGCUAAUGGUCAAACACAAUUUCAAAUUUUAGCUGAUAUUAUUAAUUCAAGUCCAUUAUCUUAUAAUUUCAAUCAAACUCAUUUAAUGUCAGGUGAUAUUAAUCUUGCAUUUGGUAAUGGUAAAAGUUCUUCAUUAAUCAUUUCAAGUAGUUCAUCAAAAAAUAGUAUUGAUUAUAGUGGUGUUCAUUUAUUUUCAUUUAUUAAUAAUUCAAUAGCAAUUGAACCCUAUUCUAUAAUUACUUUACCUAUUCUUAUACCAAACAUUCGUAUUAAAGUUUUGUUUACUUAUACACUUAUUUUAACUAUACCAUUGCCAACAUUAAAUAGUCCAGUAUCAAUUAUAUCUGGUAAACAUAAAUUUCAACGUCUCUAUCAAUUAUCAAAUAGUUCAUCAUUUCUACCAACGGGUCAUGUUCUUCUCUAUGACUCAUCAUCAAAUGUACUCACUGGCGAAUGGCAUCUGCCAACAUUAGCUGAAUCAGAGAAAUAUGAAUUUGAAUUGGGACAAGAUCCUGAUAUUAUGUUAAUCUAUAAUCGUACAUUAUCAGUUAAUCAAACAACAAAUUCAUCAUUAAUGAAAACAAAUGUAUUAAUACAAAAUUAUAAACAACGAAAAGUUAAUAUUCGGUUUAAAUCAAUAUGUCAAUUAUCAAUGGCGUGUUUAUUUUAUGAUAAUAAAUUACGCCCACUUGGCUCACGCUUACGUUCUGAUCUUAUUAUCGAAGCUAAAUCGGAAAUAGCAUUUACAUUUACUGCUGUACGUCUAGUUUAA